CAAAUAUAAAUAUAAAUAAAAACGACAUUUGAGUCUAUUUAAACUAUUUUCCUGUAUCUUUUCCCUUUCUUCUUCUUUUUCCAAACUUCCCAAUGAUAACUCAGUUCAAACGAAUCUUUCGUCACCGAAAAGGACACACCGACAACUCCUACGGAGACACUCAUGGCACAACUCAUGACAAUAUGGGUGCAAACACCGCAAUUCACAAUCAAGAACGGGAUCACGGACACAUAGGCACAACAACCCUUCGGAAUGUCAUUCGGUCCAGAUCAACAAAGGAACGACAAAAGGCCUCUGAGCGUGCAACACAAAUAAUAGAGCAAGAAAAGAAAAGAAAACAACAGACUCCUCAGUAUCCAGGUCUGGAGAAAUAUGAAAUCAUAGUCAAGCGUGGAGAUGGUGCAUUUUCAAAUGUAUAUGAAGCCAAGGAGAAGAGAUCUGGUCGUAGUGUGGCAAUAAAAAUAGCACAGAAAGUGGGUCCAAAAUCAUCAGAGAAGCAUGGAAAUACCCACCUACAUCCCAGUAUGAAACGAAAGCCAAGAGCAACAGAGCACACAAAUGUCCUAAAAGAAGUACAGAUUAUGCGCAGUUUGAGGCACACAAAUAUUAUCCAGCUGAUUGAAUUCUCAGAAUCGAGUGAACAUUAUUAUCUGGUGCUUGAGCUCUGUUCAGGAGGAGAGCUAUUCAACCAGAUAGUAUAUCUGACGUACUUUAGUGAAGACCUGGCUCGGCACGUCAUUGAACAGGUAGCCCAUGCCGUACGAUACAUGCACGAAGAAUGCGGUGUUGUUCAUCGUGACAUUAAACCCGAGAAUAUUCUAUUCGAUCCUAUUCCCUUCAUACCCUCAGACCAAUCCCAACUUAAACACAGACCAUUUGACGACCCAAACAAGAAGGACGAGGGUGUCUUUAUUAAAGGAGUCGGAGGCGGAGGUAUCGGAAAGGUCAAGCUAGCAGAUUUUGGUCUUUCCAAGGUCAUAUGGGAUAGUUCGACCAUGACACCUUGUGGUACGGUAGGCUACACCGCACCAGAGAUUGUCAAGGAUAAAAAGUAUUCCAAAUCUGUUGAUAUGUGGGCUAUUGGAUGUGUACUCUAUACUAUCCUCUGUGGAUUUCCUCCCUUUUAUGAUGAAUCUAUCCGUGCGCUAACCGAAAAGGUUUCACAAGGCCAGUUUACUUUCCUCAGUCCCUGGUGGGACCCAAUCUCGAAAUCAUCCAAAGAUUUGAUCAGUCAUCUACUGUGUGUAAAUCCUGACGAUCGAUAUACCAUUGACCAAUUCUUAGCUCACCCUUGGAUCACCGGAAAACGAGCCCAACCCCCUCUGCCGCCAAAACACAAGGAUCCUAUCAGCACUACUAAUGAUCCCCGUAAACUGGCAUUACACAAUGCAACACGCAAGGCAGCUGUCAUGGAAACCAUUUCCGAUCCACCCGUAGUCGAUGACGAGAAAAUUACUUUCCAGAAACAGGAUGACCCCCACCAAUACGAGUCAAACGAUACGACCAACUAUAUCCCCGGCGUGGAAAGCUUUGACUCUGACGGCCGUAAAGAAGUUUUUACACCCGGAGCUGCUGCACUACGAGAAAUUCUUGACAUCACGUAUGCCGUCCAGCGGAUGGGAGAGGAAAAGGUCAAUAAGAAUGCGGCUAAGAAAGUAUGGACUGACCACAAUAAUGAUCCCACUCACCCCAGGCACUAUUCAGAAUCAGACUCUGGAGAUGAAUGGUGUAUCGAGUCUGAUGAAGCAUCCCCAAGUGAGAGCAGUUCAAACACAACCAUUCAAACUGAAAUUCAAGUCGAACCACCAAAACCACGUCGUAAACAAUUUGAAUUGAACAUGUCCAAUGCCACCCUGUUAAAGAACAGGAACAAUCAUGCCAAAGUAGCACCCAUUUAAAAAAAAAGAGAGAUAUAUACAUAUUAUAUAUUUUCUUAUACACAUCAUACCUCAUCUCAAUUUGUAUUCAACUCCUCUUCUUUCUUAUUUUCUAUUUCUUCUUCCUCAUACCAUGUAUUGUCUUUAUUUUUCAUUUUGAACAUAAAGAUGUAUAUAAAUAUAUACAUUUAUAUUUUAAAGAAAAAAAAAUCAAUUCAAUUCAACUCAAUAAACUUGUCAAUAUAAUACUUUAGAUAAACUU